UAGGAAUAAUCUGUGUCUGUGACCGAAAUCGUAAAUGAUGUUGUGUUAAUGAUAAGUUAAACGUUUCUUGAGGGAGCAUAAUCAAUUUAUAUAUCCAAAAUGAUGCCUGGAAGGAUAGGCAACUUGCCAAUUGCAUCAGAGAACCCUUUAGGACUGUCGUGGCAUGAUUCAGCUUGGAUACCGUUAUUGAAUCCCACAAACAUUAUGGAUUAUUUUUCAGAAAGAUCUAAUCCUUUUUACGAUCGAACGUGUAAUAAUGAAGUAGUAAAAAUGCAGCGCCUCAGUAUGGAUCAAUUGCAAAACAUGACUGGAUUGGAAUAUAUACUUCUUCAUGUACAAGAUCCGAUUCUUUACGUAAUCCGGAAACAGCACCGCCACGGACCGAACCAUGCGACUCCACUGGCGGACUUCUAUAUUAUUGCAGGAAUUGUGUAUCAGGCACCAGAUUUAGCCAGUGUAUUGAAUUCUAGAAUUCUAUCAGCUGUCCAUCACUUACAAUGUUCCUUUGAGGAAACUAUGUCCUACUCCAGGUACCAUCCUAGCAAAGGAUAUUGGUGGGACUUCAAAGCAAUCAAAGGAUUGGGACCUUACAACUCUAGCCAGUCAGCUCCUAAGGAGGUGGUAAAUACACCUAAGGAAGAACCUUCUACUUUAUUUCAACGGCAAAGAGUUGACAUGUUAUUAGCCGAGCUAGUGAGACAGUUUCCUUUACCUGUAACUCAGCCCGCACCAAGUCAGACCAAUGGAGUGACAGUAAAAACAGAAAAUGCAAAUGAUAAAAUUAAUGAGAAACCUGGAGAAAACGUAGGCAAUGUGACGAUAAAACAAGAGCCUGUGGACUCUAGCAACUCUGAAUUAACAAAUGGAAACCUCCAACAUGACAUUAAGACUGAGAUUAAGCAAGAAAAUAUGAAGCCUCCUCCAGAGAAAAAACCCAGAUUGUGAAAGUGAAAACGGCGACAUCAUUGAAGGCUGACAAUCUAUUUAUGGAUUGUGAAAUAGUGGCGCUGUAAUUACAAAGGAUUUGAUGGGUGAUUGAAAUGCUGCAUAAUAAGCAGAGAUUGAAAUAGGCAGAGCAUACGAGAGCAAUUUGAUAAGGCCGUGACUUUGACAAGCAAAAUUUUUUUCAAUUAUAGCUUAUUUUUGUACAUUAUCUCCUUUUAACUUUAUUCACCUUGACCAACAAUAUCCCACUCCUUCAACCCAUCAAAAAAUAUUUUUUGUCAAACUGAAAAAGUCUCUACUUUAAUCAAAAUUAAAUAUAUGUAAAAAAGCCAAAUUGGAGUCCAAAUCUGGUGAAUAUUGGGGGUGCCAACAGUUCGCAUCGUAAUGCGACAAGUUUUGAUGUCCUGAUUGCAUAUGAGAAACUGAAUACUCGAAAUUCGAAAUUCUGUUAAAGUUAAUUCUGCGAAAGUCUCCGUCUUGCUAAAAAUAUCGACCAAACCUAUUAUAACUUUUUCUAUUUUAUUUUUGGGCUAAUUUAAAAAACAAGUAACGUCACUUGCUUAGUAAAAAAGUCUCCGUCUUGCUAAAAAUAUCGACCAAACCUAUUAUAACUUUUUUUAUUUUAUUUUUGGGCUAAUUUAAAAAACAGGUAACGUCACUUGCUUGGAGUUCUAAUAAUAAAUAAAAAUAAAUUGCGAAAAUAAUUUUUAUUUAUCCUUAAAGUUGCGUAUUUAUAAUACCACUCUCGUACA